AUGACCUCAAUGUUCGAGGACAUCAGCCAUGCCUUGUCCUCAAUCUCGAACGCGAUCGCAGGACUUGUCGGCGCAGCGCUGAUCACCGGCGCGUAUGCCCAAACUCCCGAGUUUCAAGGGGAGCUUUUGCUCCAACCCCAACCCAACAAUGCCAAGUGCUUGACCGCCUCGUCGAACUCUGACGGCGCUCCCGUCGUUAUCGCCACCUGUGUGGCCGGUGGGUCUCCCAGCCAAAAGUGGGUCUUCAGUGGUGGAACGGUCAGGGUCCACGGGAACAAGUGCCUCGACGUGACCGAUGGCGUCGACCAGGACGGCACUAAAUUGCAAAUCUGGACUUGCUCGGCCACCGGAAACUCGAACCAGCAGUGGUACUAUAGCAAGUGGGACAAUACACUCGCAUGGACUGGGAAGGGCAACACUGGUUACCUUCCCACCGACCUGCCGAACAAAUCGCAGAAUGGCCAGUAUGGAACGAACAACUGUGGAACUGGCUCCAGCCAGAGCAGCAACUGCCAGACCGCUUGGAUCAACUCGGCGACGGACUUCUGCCUUUACGGACCUCCCUCCCUGGGAACGAUUGGCGAUACCGAACGUUUCGCUGUGUCCUAUUGCACGAAAUCGGGACGUGGUACUCGAACCAUUCCCGACGGUACCCUUCAAGGUGUGCACUUUGUCAGAACACCGGAAUACGUCCAGAUCACUGGCGUCGGUGAUUUCACGAAGAUGAACAUUCCGUUUGGAGACGACGGAGGCGAGAUGGAUAACCGAGGUGCUGAUGGCAAGGGUAACCCUAUCGGUGGGCUGUUAUUCGGGAAUACGUUCGGUUCUGGUCUGCAGUACCAUGAAUGGACGCAAUUCAUUUCCUACCGUGAAUUCUGCAUCCGAGCCUGUAUUGGUCCGAGGUCGAAACAGCUUUGCAACCACAUCUACGAUAUCAUGGGUUGCUGGUGGAACAUCCCCGCCAACUACUCCCCAGGUGUCUACGAAGAGUGCCAAGGUGACCCUGCGAUUCCCAUGGGCGUUUACGGUACUUCGACUUGGUACCAGGGUGUCAGUCCCACCCCUCCCCCUCAUCCUGCCCCUGCUUCGAGCAGCUGCUCGACCCUCUCCACGGUUGGAGUGACCCCUCUCAGAAGGAGCUUGCCGAGGAGGGACGUCCCGUUGGAAGGAGGACACGUCCUCAGGGAUUAUGUUGAGCCUCAUAUCCCGAGGGCUACUUCGCCGCCUAUGUAAGGAAAGGCUGGGUUGUGGACGUCGUCGUCUUUCUGCCACUUCUCUCCGCUCGAAAUAUUACGAUCAGGCCUUUUGGAUUUUGAUUUCUUCUUGGACUUGAACCCGGACAAUCUGUACGUGGCUGUUGAACUAGUUUAAAAUGUGUAGCUUCAACUCUUAGUGCACUA